CUAGAAAAAAAUGCUUAACCGCAUGGCGCGUGUUUUUGAAUUCACCACUAACGAACAGAGAAUGCAUGUAAAAAUUGAUCGAUCUCCAACUUACAUUAGUCUAAUAAUAUCAAAGUAUUGUUAGCCUUGAAAAUGUCUUUAAGUUUUUGGUGUUUUUUGUGGUGUUUUUAUUUUUAUUUUUCACCACUAACGUUAGUAAUGUUAUGUACGAUAGUUCACACGUAUCACGAAUGACUCUUUGGACGAGUUAACUAAGAGAAUUUCCGAUUUACGUACAAGUUAACAGAAGAGUGAAACUAUAAAUAGAAUUGGGAUUUUAUUGUUGUCGUUGAUCUUUGGUCUCCAACAUAACGAUGCAAGUUUUAAUACUCAAUAAGUGUACCCAGGCAACUGAUCGAAGCCGUUUUAAAUUCUUGCUUCAAAAGAUUGGAGGUACAGAUGGUACUGACCACAUGAAGAAAGCAAUGUUAAGAACUAUGACAAACUUGUACAUGGCUGGUCUAAACAUGAAGGGAAAACGGGGAAAGAAAGCUUUUGGUUCCUCCCAACUCUACCUCCUUAUAAAAGAAACUGUAUUGACAUCUCAUACACAGUAUACAGAAUCAAAAUUCAAUGAAGAUUUGGCUAAAUUCCUAAAAUAUGCCCCGGAGCGUGUGGGAGGAGGUGGAAGAAGGAGAAGAGAUUGACUGUUUUUCACGUUCACUUGACCAGAACUAAUGAUUUUACUCUUUUUCAUCUUCUUAAACUAAUGUUUUUGUGAAAAGCUAGCUACAGAUGUGAGCUAGGUUAUCCAUCAGUGAUUUUAAGUGAUACUUUCAAUUUAUUUAACUGUUUCUCUCUUGAAUAAAUUGAUUAAUGAUAUUUG